AUGCCUGGGCCGGCAUGGAGCCGCUUCCUCGGCUGGGAUCGGCACACAAGUCGAGGACACCAUGAUCGCAACAGCAGCUGGUGGGAUGAGUCGAGACAACGGCUUCUCCCGAGCUAUCGCGACGACUCCAUUCAGUCGGCAAUUCCAGCCGAGAACGUCACCGAGGUCGCCCUCCGCAUCCGCCACUUGAUCGAGGAGUGCGUGCCCUGCGAGCUCAAGGAAAACCAUAUCACAUCCCCGCACAGCAAGGUCAUCACCUCCAAGGUGAUCAAGGCUGCUAAGGAGGCAGGUGGCCGCGAGCAUGGUGCUUGUGUGGUGUUUUGCCUACUGGUCAACAAGCGCUGGUGGCGCCACCAGGCGCUGAUUGAGUUGUGGGAUGCCGACCUCCACUAUCUCCGGGCUGUUGCCUGCGAGGUCAUCGCCAAGAAGAUCAUCGAAUCCGAGGAGGAUUCCGAGUACUUGUUGCACUCGGUCCUGCUCAAGCGGUACUCCAUCCUAGUCGAUGGCCACGCAACCCACCCCGUCAAUGUCAUCGAGAAAGCGGUUGACCUCCACGCCCUGCGCGUCAUCGGGUCCUCAGGCUAUCAAAAAUGUAUCAACUUCCUCUGGCGCGGGUGGCUAGUCCAGGACGAGAACGAUCCGGCCACCUUCGUGGAUUACAAGGACAGAGACAACACAUCUUACAUUGCCCAUCUGGAUCCAGACCGCAUGCGCGCGCCCAUGUAUCAGAAUGCCACCCAGAUGCUCAUGUCAUUCGCCUACCUCGGCCUCUACACCGUUGCCAUGAACACGGUGAACGAGGACGGGGGCAUCGACGCUGUCGAAGUUUUUCUCUAUCUCUUCACGCUCGGCUUUAUCUGCAACGAAAUCGCCAAGCUCUGGAAAGCGGGCUACCGCAUCUUGAACUUUUGGAACGCAUUUAACUCGAUGCUGUACAGUCUGCUGAUCACCAGCUUUGUGCUGCGCUGCAUCGCGCUGAGCCACCCCCAGGGCGAUCCCGACGGACUGCGGCACCACUACAGCACCCUGAGCUACAGCUUCCUAGCCGUGAGCGCCCCCAUGUUCUGGGCCAGGUUGCUGCUCUAUCUCGAUAGCUACCGCUUCUUUGGCGCCAUGCUAGUCGUACUCAAGGUCAUGAUGAAAGAGUCUAUCAUUUUCUUUGCGCUGUUGGCCUUCAUCAUCGUUGGGUUCCUACAGGCAUUCAUAGGGCUCGACUAUGCCGAUGAUAGGGUUGUCGAGGACAUCCUCUUCAUCAUUCAAUCCAUGGCCAAUGCCGUGAUGCAGUCUCCCGACUUCAGUGGCUUUGAGAGGUUUCAGCCGCCGUUUGGCCUGAUCUUAUACUACUGCUUUACUUUUGUAGUUAUGGUUGUGCUCCUCAAUAUCUUGAUCGCGCUAUACAACUCAGCCUAUGAAGAUAUUUACGACAACGCCAACGACGAGUACCUCGCUAUUUUCGCUCAGAAAACCAUGACCUUUGUCCGCGCCCCGGACGAAAACGUUUUCAUUGCGCCCUUCAACCUAAUCGAGAUCUUUGGGCUUGUCCUCUUGCUCGAGUGGUGGAUGGACAAGAAAACAUACGAGCACAUCAACGACAUCGUCAUGGGCAUUAUCUACUCACCUCUGCUCCUCGUAUCAGCGUACUUUGAGAUGCGCUGGGCCCAAGAUAUCCGCGCGAACCGCGCCCGUGGCGAUGCCGACGAUGAUACUAUUGAGGAGUGGGAGCAAAUGGUCGGGCAGUUCGACUUCGAAUCAGAUGGCUGGAAGAAGCAGGUCGACUCCGCCAAGAGUAACCUCGAAGAGGACCCUGCGGUAUCCGAGAUCAGAAGGCUGAGGGAGGAGGUAGAGCAGCUGAAGGAGAUGAUCGUGUCUUUGCACAAGGCCGUGGCCGAGAACAAGACUAAGAGCGAGAACACCGAGAGCUAA